UGUCACUCAUUUUGGUUUAAAUGCUUAAUACGUGAUAAAACAUCGUUUGAUAAAAAUGCAGAAAAUGGAAAUUGGUAAACGCGACAAAAACUGCUUUCUGCCACAAAAUUAUAAAGCUAUGCCGAUCCAGGCGUUAAGUAUUAGCACUAGGAAAUUGAUGUCAGAGAAACUGAAUGGAAAUGGCGUCCUGGUUGAGGUCGACACUUGUGAAGAAGGCGUGCAAAGGCAACUGAAUAAUUUUAUCGGCGUCGCUGAAAUAGUCGCUGGUUGGAAAGAAUGUCAUAUAAAUACCCUUUCAGAGGGCGAUGAGUUCAGUUCAUUCUUAAACAGUUGGGAAAGUGGUGAAGCUACACUCGGAAACCUGUGUGAAGGUUUAUUUCGACUCGGUAGAAAGGAUGUAAUGUCAAUAUGCCAGGCAAAUAUUGUUGAUGAUUGCAAGCGACACAUGGAUGAUAUACAGAUCAGUGAAGGUGAGAACAACUUAAAAAGCUUCCAAACUUAAUUUUCUGUUUAACAUGAAAUAGUUAGAUUUAGCACGAUUGUAAAAACAGCAGCGAGCUGAUUAUUAUCACAGUCAGAGGUC